UGUUGGUUGGAAUACAUAUAGAUAUAGUAUAUCAGUACACCCCCUACCCCCACCCCACCCUCACCCACCCCCACCCACCCCCACCCAACGUACAUCCAACCCCACAAUUGCAACACAUAUGACCGACAUUGUCCUCCCAUUGAUCUUUUCAUGUCUUCUCUAAUUUCAACUUAUCUUUACAUAUAUAUAACAUGCUAGCUAGCUAGCAAUAUUGCUUACAAGUCACAAACACAACUCAUUGCUUCUUUAUAUUAUAAAAGAUACACAACACUAAUAAGUUGUAAAAACAUGUCAACAGAAGAUCAAUUUGGGCUUGAGAUCACCGAGCUCCGGCUAGGGCUACCAGGUGGUGGAGAGAGGAACGUGAAAAAGAGGGUGUUUCUGGAUAUUCUUGGUGGUGGGGAUGAGGUUGAUUUGUGUGGUAAUGGUGGUGGGAAGAAUAGAAAUAUGGAGGUUGCGGUGGGUUGGCCACCGGUUUGUUCAUAUAGAAAGAGAACCAUAAUCAAAAUGUAUGUGAAAGUGAGCAUGGAUGGGGCGCCUUUUCUUCGCAAGAUCGAUAUUAACGGUUUCAAAGGGUAUUCGGAUUUCGUUAUGGCUCUUGAGAAGUUAUUUGGUCUUGGUGAUGAAUGCGAGUACAUACCAAUAUAUGAAGACAAUAAUGGAGACUGGAUGCUUGUGGGGUUCGUCCCGUGGGAGAUAUUUACAGAAACAUGCAAGAGACUAAGGAUGAAGAAAAAAGUAUUAGACGGUGGACUACAAACCAAAAACUUAAUGAGGAAGAAUGAAAAUUAAAUUAAUGAUAGGCAAAUUUAUCAAUUAAGUUUAAUUAUUUGUAGUUGAUGUUUUAAUAGUGUCACCAGUUAAGAAUAUACAUGUUAAUCUAUUAGGUAAUUGAUCAUAAAUUAAGUUGGUGAGGCUAUGUACGUAGGUAGUGAAAAAUGUCAACUCCUUUAUCCUUUCAAGUAGCUUCUUUACAACAAGAUUAUGGAGUUCAAAAAAUGUUGAAGUUUAUUUUUCUGUU